AUGGCGAACCAGCAGAGCUCGGCCGGACAGCGACUGACCCAGAUCAAGGACUUCCUCACCAUGAACAAAACCGCCACUACCAUUCCCUUCGACCCGAACUCGACCAGGUUUCCCACGAGAAACGAGCUGCCAACGAUCGAGGGCGCCCCCAAGGAUGCUGCGUGGGUGUGGGGAGAGAAUGACUUUAUUGGUCGGCUGAAUCUCCUUACGCCAGCCCGCGUGGCCGCUGCUUCGAGGGAAAUCCAGACCGGCGAGAUCGUUCCGGUGAACCUGCCUCUGGAUGUUCCCGAAGUCCCAGCCUUCCAUCGCCAGCAGUUCAAGCAUGAGAUCAAGACCCUCACCGAGAACGUCGCCUACGACGAUGUCUACUCACUGAACACCCAAUCCGGAACACAAUGGGAUGGCUUCCGCCACUUCUCCUGGCUGGAGACAGGCACCUUCUACAACAACACCAAAGGUACCGACAUCGUCACUCCCAGUGGCACCAGCGCGAGCCACAAGUGCAGCAUCCACCAUUGGGCCGAACACGGCAUCGCCGGCCGCGGCGUCCUCCUCGACUACCGAGGCUACGCAACGAAGAAGGGCAUCGCGUACGACCCGUACGACCACUAUCCAAUCAGCUUCGAGGAACUCUACCAAUGCGGCAAAGACCAAGGGAUCGACAUCCGCCCUGCGGCCCAGGGCGGGGACAUCAAGAUCGGCGAUAUGCUCUUCAUCCGCAGCGGCUGGACCGAGGCCUACAACGCAAAGUCCCCCGACGAGCGCAACGCUCUCGCCGUGCGUCCCCACGAGUUCGGCAUCAACGACGGCCAGCGGUGGGCGGGGCUGAGCCAGGAGGAGAGGAUGAUCGACUGGCUGCACGAUUGCUACUUUGCCACCGCUGGCGGAGACGCUCCCGCAUUCGAGGCCUGGCCGUCGCACGAAGCGCACUACCUUCACGAGUACCUUCUGGCCUUGUGGGGCAUGCCGAUCGCAGAGAUGCUGGACUUGGAGAAGCUGGCACAGAAGUGCAGAGAGCACAACAAAUGGUUCUUCUUCUUCUCCAGCGCUCCGGCCAACUGCCGUGGGGGUGUGAGCAGCCAUGUAAACGGACAGGCGAUCCUUUGA